AUGACGUUGCCUCCAGGAUACCCCACAUCAGAAAAACACCUUGUUUGCAAGUUAAAGAGGUCGUUAUACGGUUUAAGACAAGCAAGCAGACAAUGGUUCAACAAGUUUUCCUCCACACUCAAGUGUCUAGGCUUUACACAAUCUAGACAUGAUUACUCAUUAUUUACUUGUGGUAAUGGUCCUAACCUUGUCAUUUUAAUUGUCUAUGUUGAUGAUAUCAUCAUUGCAGGUCCCAAUACUUCAAGGAUCCAUCAAGUGCAUAUUUCUUUACAGAAACAUUUCAAGCUAAAAGUGCUUGGAGACCUUAAAUACUUCCUAGGUUUGGAGAUAGCUAGAAAUAAAAAGGGAAUCAAUCUCUGUCAACGAAAGUAUGUGUUGCAACUUCUUUCUGACACUGGUUAUUUAGCCUCCAAACCAAUUGUACUACCAAUGGAUCCAAAUACCAUCCUCACUGCUGAAGCCGGCGAUCUGCUACCGGAUCCAUCUCUAUACAGAAGGCUUAUCGGAAGACUUUUGUAUCUUACCAUUUCGCGCCCUGCACUAGUGGAAAAAUAG